AGUUGAACACAAGGUUUCGAAGGGAUACGACGGAUAUGUCCUUUGAAAUAUAUCGCUGACUCGGAGUGUAAACACAGGUGUUGUCGAAAGACUUCAUCAACUUUUUUUGAAUACUUCAACUUAAGAACCAUAUUUUCAGUGCUUAUAAAUUUUUUUUUAAUUAGAAGUGAUUUAAUUAAUUUAUUAUUGGAAGUAUUAGGAAUUUAGGAGAAAACAGACCACGUAUGUCUUUUGAGCUUCGUUCUAUGAAGAUACCAAUCGAAGAUAAGUUUUCUCCAGUGAAUUGUAGAAGGUAUGUCUAAUGUUCUUCGUUUAAUCCAGCAGAUUAAUUCAAGAUUGUAAUGUUCAGACUGAGCAUGUUAAUCAGUUGCAUUUUCAUGACAAACAGUGCUAUGGAAGAUAAGAAUUUAGCGUCAAACCUUGUGGAUUCAACAUCGGAUUUGACAGAUUUUGACAAAUAUGCUGUCACUUGUUAUAUAUGCGUGAACGUCUCCGACAAUCUAGUUUGUAAUCAAUUCGCUAUAGAUAGACCUUGUAAACCUGGAGAAACAUUCUGUCACACUCUACACAUAAUGGAUUCAAAAGGAACGAGCGUUCUCGUAAACAAAAAGUGCACAACCGAGAAAGAAUGCCAAAGAAAUAAAGUUGGUUGUGUGGAAAUCGACGCCCAAAUGAUGUGUGUGUCCUGUUGCGAUCAGAACUACUGCAAUGUCAAUGUGCCAAGUAAUUCUUCUACGGCUGUCUUCGACGACAAAAUAUCAAAAAUGCGAAUGUUGGCAAAGAAUCUCUUCAGAGAAAGAGAAAAGGCCCUAACGACUACAAUCAAAGAGUCUAAGGCUAAUCAAAUUUACGGCUGGAAAAACUCAUUUUAUUACCUUUAUCUUUUGUUCAUGUUAAUAGUUGAUACUUAGUAGAUUUUAUAAUGAACGCGCUUUGUUUUGCAGAGAAAUUAUUGCUUCGUAUUUUGUAAAUAUUCUGCUUUUUGCUCAAUUAUAAAUAUAUUAUGAAA